AUCGUCUCCCUAUCUCCACUCCCCACUCCCCACGAGCCCCACUCCCUCUCCUCUCCAACCUCCUCGUCUCCCUCACCGCAUCCUCUCCAUCGCCAUGGCGGACGCAGGAGGUGAGCGCCCGGAUUGGGGCGCAGAUCUGGUGGAGAAGGCGCGGCAGGUCGCUGCGGGCACCUUUGUGAGGGGACGUGCCGGCGUCCAGCGCGGUGCUCCCUCCGCUGCAGAUCUGGAGAAGGCGGGGGCGGGAUGCAACGGCGCAGUCCAGCCAGAUGCGCCCGCUCUGGCGAUCUCCGGCGAGGCACAGAAGGUGGAGGCGGGCUCUGGCGAGGCGCAGAAGGUGGAGGCGGGCUCCGGCGAGGCGCACGAGGUGGAGAAGGUGGAUAAGGUGGAGGCCGGCUCUGGCGAGGAGCAGGCGGAGCAGAAGUUGAAGGAGGAUCUUGUUGGCAACAAGAGGAAGUGGGACGCAUCUGGGUACGACCCUUAUGACAGUGAUGAGGAUGAGCCGUACGAGUAUGAAUCUGGAGAUGAUGUGGUCCAGGGGAACGCCAAGUCCUUUGAAGAGAAGGAGGAGUUGAAGAUCAGGGCCCAAGGACCUGCUAAGUACUACAACUGGAGGUCUGACAAGUACCGGUGCCCCUACUGCAGCAGGCCCAAGCCCAGGUCUGGGUUGCUGGAGCAUCUGAUGGAGCAUUGUCGGGCUACAUCCAUCAGCAGUCAUGACUACAAGAUCAGGGCUCAGCAUUCUGCCCUCCACAAGGUCCUGAAACCCUGACUUGUAGUUGCCCUAGACCCUCGUUGUCGUAUGAUGUAGGAAGGCCCAGUCCUUUUGGUGAACUUUGUGUGGUGUUCUGAUGGUGGAAACUUGUGGUGGUAAUUUAGUAUGAACUUUAUCUAA